AUGGCCCGGCUAGAGGCAAAAUACGGCCGCUACGUCAAGCCACCCCAGCAUGCAUCCAACAAGGACUCUGGAGCGACCUCCAAGAAGAACAUUGCCAGUGGUGCAACUGCCGUAAUUCGUCUGGUCAAGAACCCUUCGACCGGAGUGAUCCUGGCCGUCAAAGAGUUCAAGAAGCGAGGCCGACAGGAAGACAAGCGAGACUACCGAAAGAGAAUGAACAAUGAGUACUGUAUCAGCAAGAUUGCAUCGGGCCAUGUAAACAUUGUCGAGACUCUAGAUUUGGUUCUAGAUGAGCGUGAAAGAUGGUGCACAGUUAUGGAAUACUGUGCAGGUGGCGAUGUUUUCAAUUUGUUAGCCCAGAGAACUAUCAACAUCACAACCAUGGACCGACACUGCCUAUUCAAACAACUCCUUACUGGUCUGGAGCACCUCCACAAACUUGGUAUCGCCCACCGAGACAUCAAGCCUGAGAAUCUGGUUCUGACUUCUAGAGGCACUCUCAAGAUCGCUGAUUUCGGUGUCGCUGAUGUGGUCCAGAAUGACUAUCAGACUGAAACCCAGCUGUGCUACAAGUGGUGCGGCUCUGAGCCUUUCUGGUCACCAGAGGUAUGGGCGCUCUGUUCUGAACUCUCGCCCUACGAUGGCCGGGCACUUGAUGUCUGGAGUGCAGCCAUUACGUUCUUUUGCAUCCGGUUCGGGCGCCUGCCAUUCUCCAAUGCGUUCUAUAACAACAACGGCCGACCGAUCGCGGUACCCAGGGGAGCCAAACAAGGCUCGCCGGCCGCACCAAACCAGCCCGACACUGGUCACAUUCUGUCGGAAGAAGAACGGACAUGUCUGGCAGGCAUGUUGGAUCCAAACCCUAAAACCCGUUGGACUAUUAAGCAGGCCUUGGAGUCCACCUGGAUAGAAGGCGUAGAAAUGUGUCACGACGGAGAUCUUCCCAAUGGAUGGCGCCAUCAUCACUGCGUACCAACCCUGAACCUCAGUCACUCAAAAUAA